AGGAGCUGCCGCUGAGAGGAGGGGGUUACGCACUGAGCGGUGCCUAAUAACCACCUCAAGCCCCACUUCCACCAUCUCUCUCUCUCUUUCUUUCUCUCUCAUUCUCUCUUUCUCUCUCUCUCCACACACACAAUAACAACAAUUUUGUGCGAAGCCUCACAUCGAAUAAAACCAAGCCAUGAAGACCAUCAUCUCAGCAUAUUCCGGGGCAUUGCGAGGGACGGGAGCCACGGUGCUAUCUGCUCUGAGUGACCUGCUCUCGCUGCCCUGGUCAUUUAGCUCCAAAAUUGAGCAACAGCUACAGAUCCUGUCGGUCCUCCAGUGGGUGAUCAGCUUCCUGAUCCUGGGGGUCAGUUGCACGCUAAUCAUGUUGUACACCUUCUUCACUGACUGUUGGCCGCUGGCGGCUGUGUACGCGUCCUGGCUCGUACUCGACUGGAACACACCCAGACAAGGAGGCCGAAGAUCUGAGUGGGUUCGGAAUUGGGCCACGUGGAGGUAUUUCCGGGAUUACUUCCCUGUGCGAUUGGUGAAGACCCACAAUCUGCUGCCAUCAAGGAAUUACAUCUUUGGUUACCACCCGCACGGCAUCUUCUGCUUCGGAGCUUUCUGUAACUUCGGCACAGAGGCCACCGGCUUCUCCACCAAAUUCCCCGGCAUUCGCCCAUCUUUGGCCACGCUGGCCGGAAAUUUCCGGAUGCCCAUUUUGCGGGAAUAUUUAAUGAGCGGAGGGAUUUUCCCCGUGACGCGUGAAGCCAUUGACUUCAUGCUGUCCAGGAAUGGGAGCGGGAACGCUGUGGUCAUCGUUAUCGGAGGAGCGGCGGAGUCGCUGGAAUGCUCGCCCGGGAAUCACGUGGUCAACCUCAAACACCGGAAGGGCUUUGUGCGGAUCGCGCUGCAGAACGGGGCUGACUUGGUGCCUGUUUAUUCCUUUGGGGAGAACGAGGUUUAUAAGCAGAUCAUCUUUAGCGAGGACGGUUUGCUGCGAGCCGUGCAGAGAAAGUUCCAGAAGUUGAUCGGGUUCGCUCCGUGCCUAUUCAGGGGCCGUGGCUUUUUCUCCGAUGACUCAUGGGGUUUGGUGCCGUACGGUAAACCCAUCAACACCGUGGUUGGGGAGCCCAUCACCGUUCCGAAGAUUGAGAAUCCCAGCCAGGAAGAGGUUGACAUUUAUCACGGCAUGUACAUCCAAUCCCUCAUCAAACUGUUUGAUCGAUACAAGACCAAGUUUGGCUAUGCGGACACUGAGUGCCUGGCGGUGAUGUGAUGAGAGACACAGCCAGAGGACAGCCAGCACGUCCUCUCGGGGAGUGGCCAUCAGGACAAUUUGCCAGAUUUAAUUUGCCUUUGAUCUUUAUAGCAUUGUUUAAACAAGCCCAUGAUUUAUAUACAUCCAGUGAGGGGUAUGUAGGUGUGUGUUUGAGUGUGGGUGUGUGUGUCUGUAUGGGUGUCAGUCAGUGUCAGUGUCUGCAUGGGCCUGUAUGUGCGAAGGGAGUGUAUGAAGGCUGUGUGUCUGUAUAUGUUCUUGUGUAGGUACCUGGGUGUUUUUGUGUGU